AUGACAGUGACAAUCGAAUUAAAGUUGACAGAAAUCCUUGAUCAUCUCAAAAAGAUUGUCAAAAAUGACAAGCACUUGAAAGGUUUGGACGACAAGGUCUUGACUAAAUUGGCAGAAAGCUUGGACGUUCAGCUGCUUGACAAAAAGACAGCCAAUAAAGUAUUUGACUUCAUUAACCAGUUAGGGAUUAGUGAAAGUGAAACACUGGUGUCUGAUUCUUCUGAUAGCAGUUCUGAGGGUGAUGAUGAGAGCAGUUCAGGAGAUGAAGAAUCUUCAAGCUCCAGUGACGAAAGUGACGACGAAGAAGAUGUUAAAGCCAAAGGCCCAGAUAGCAAGAUUCAGAGGAAGUCCGAGUCAGUUGACUUACCACCUUCUGAGAGCUCAUCUUCGGAUAGCGACUCUUCCUCCAGCUCAUCUAGCUCAGAAUCAGACUCAGACUCAGACUCAGAUUCAGACUCAGAUUCAGACUCAGAUUCAUCAAGCUCGUCAUCAUCUUCAGGUUCAGAGUCAGACUCUGAUGCUUCCGACUCUUCAAGUUCAUCAAGUUCAUCAAGCUCAUCAAGCUCAUCAAGCUCAUCAAGCUCAUCAAGCUCAUCAUCAGACUCAGACUCAGACUCGGAUGUUUCCGAUUCUUCAAGCGAGUCAGAUUCAGACUCUGAUUCUGAUUCAAAAUCAUCCACCAAAAAGAGAAAACUAGAAGACACCAAAGCCAAGCAUGAGACAAAGAAGGCCAAAGUUGAACCUAGCUCUUCAGCUAGCUCAUCAGUUACCGAAUCCAUCACUUCAAACUCUACACCAGCCACCCCUGAACCAGAACUCAAGCCAGGACAAAGAAGGCAUUUUUCAAGAAUAGACAGGACAAAGAUUUCUUUUGAAGACAAGGCCUUGCAAGAUAACACAUACAAAGGGGCCGCUGGAACAUGGGGUGAAAAGGCUAGUGAAAGGUUGUUGCAAGUUAGAGGAAAAGAUUUCACCAAGAAUAAAAACAAAAUGAAAAAAGGUAGUUACCGAGGAGGUAGCAUUACUUUUGCCAGUGGGUCCUACAAGUUUACCGACUAG